AUGGCACACUAUAUCAAUUAUGACAGAAACGACACAAUGCAACGAGCGAUCUCUCCAUAUACGUACCAAGAUGAAAAAAGACCGUUCGCUUAUCAGUCGCAAUGGCUUUCAGAAUUACCUCCCACACCCUCAUCCUCUGCAUUGUCAUUCUCCAUUUGUGAUCAAACGGAGACUGAUCUUACAGAUGAAAAGCAAACGUUAUCGCAUCGAUUACCUAUAAAUAAUUACAAUAUUAACAGCAGACCAGUUUCGACAUCUUUUUAUGGAUCAAUCUCUUCCACAAGGUCAUCAGCUGCUUCGACGAUAAGUCCGGACGAUGAUGAUGAAAGUCUUUAUCUACUUUGGACUCAUCAAUUAUUGGAGGAAAGAGGCUUCAACCUAUCAAAAGCCAAAAAAACCAUAAAAAGGUACGGCUCCUUGGAAGAGGACGGAGCGACUGACAACAACAAUGAUGAAGCUGAAGAUGAUGACGAUAGUAUAGACAGUAGCAUUACAGAUUUCUCCUUAGAUGGACAGGCACGUCAGCGCAUGAUUACAGUCAAGAUGGAUACACAUCAAUGUCAGUCCAACAAGUCCGCUAAACCAUCCUCAACUAUAAGUACAGUUUUCGCUUGGUUUACAACGUGUUUGCCUAUAGGCUCCUGA